AUGUCAGCACCACAGGUCAUCAACACAGGUGUCAGCACCACAGGUCUUCAACCCAGGUGUCAGCACUACAGCUCAUCAAUACAGGUGUCAGCACAAAAAGCCAUCAACAAAGGUGUCAGCACGACAGCUCAUCAACACAGGUGUCAGCACCACAGGUGUCAGCACCACAGGUCGUCAACAAAGGCGUCAGCACCAGAGGUCAUCAACACAGGUGUCAGCACCAAAAUCCAUCAACACAGGUGUCAGCACCACAGGUCAUCAACACAGGUGUCAGCACCACAGGUCGUCAACAAAGGUGUCAGCACCACAGGUCAUCUACACAGGUGUCAGCACGACAGGUCAUCAACACAGGUGUCAGCAUCACAGGUCAUCUACACAGGUGUCAGCACGACAGGUCAUCAACACAGGUGUCAGCAUCACAGCUCAUCAACACAGAUGUCAGCACCAAAGGCCAUCAACACAGGUGUCAGCACCACAGGUCAUCAACACAGGUGUCAGCACCACAGGUCAUCAACACAGGUGUCAGCACCACAGGUCAUCAACACAGGUGUCAGCACCAAAGGCCAUCAACACAGGUGUCAGCAUCACAGGUCAUCAACACAGGUGUCAGUAUCACAGGGCAUCAACACAAGUAUGAGCACCACAGGUCAUCAACACAGGUGUCAGUACCACAGGCCUUCAACACAGGUGUCAGCACCACAGCUCCUCAACACAGGUGUCAGCACCAAAGGUCAUCAACACAGGUGUCAGCACCACAGAUCAUCAACACAGGUGUCAGCAUCACAGGUCGUCAACACAGGUGUCAGCACCACAACUCAUCAACACAGGUGUCAGUACCAAAGGCCAUCAACACAGGUGUCAGCACCACAGGUCAUCAACACAGGUGUCAGCAUCACAGGCCAUCAACACAAGUGUCAAGAACACAGGUCAUCAACACAGGUGUCAGCACCACAGCUCAUCAACACAGGUGUCAGCACCAAAGGCCAUCAACACAGGUGUCAGCAUCACAGGUCAUCAACACAGGUGUCAGUAUCACAGGGCAUCAACACAAGUAUGAGCACCACAGGUCAUCAACACAGGUGUCAGUACCACAGGCCUUCAACACAGGUGUCAGCACCACAGCUCCUCAACACAGGUGUCAGCACCAAAGGUCAUCAACACAGGUGUCAGCACCACAGAUCAUCAACACAGGUGUCAGCAUCACAGGUCGUCAACACAGGUGUCAGCACCACAACUCAUCAACACAGGUGUCAGUACCAAAGGCCAUCAACACAGGUGUCAGCACCACAGGUCAUCAACACAGGUGUCAGCAUCACAGGCCAUCAACACAAGUGUCAAGAACACAGGUCAUCAACACAGGUGUCAGCACCAAAGGCUAUCAACACUGGUGUCAGCAAUACAGGACAUCAACACAGGUGUCAGCACCACAGGUCAUCAACGCAGGUGUCAGUACACAGGUCAUCAACACAGGUGUCAGCAUCACAGGUGUCAGUACCACAGACCUUCAACACAGGUGUCAGCACCAUAGGCCUUCAACACAGGUGUUAG